UUUUCCCUUAGACAUCAACAUUUGCACCUUAAAAGCAGCCACAAAAGGUGACGCCAUUGUACUCACCAAACUCCUGUCCCUCCACCCUCGCAUGAGCUACGGGGAUGAGCACAACAGACGAGCCAUACACUACGCGGCCAACAACGGCCACCUGGAGUGUGUUCGCUUGCUGCUGAAAGCUGGGGCCAUCAGUAACUGCGCUGACCACUUUGGCCGAACUCCCUUACAUAUGGCGUGUGCCAUGGGGUUUACAGAAAUCGUCAGGCUGCUUGUAAAACAGUGUGGUCAAAUCAACUCUUGCCGCACGGAGUCUGGUGAGAAUGCGGUGCAUGCCACAGCGGCUGCGGGACAUGUAGAGAUCAUGGAGUUCCUUAUAGAGCAUGGCGGGGACAUCAAUGCCACUACCAGCAAGCUAAAAGGUGGGGAAACGCCGCUUCAUAAAGCCAUUAGCACGGAUAAACCAGAAAUGGUAGAUCUUCUUUGCCGCUAUGACGCAAAGCUGAACAUUGCCGAUGCAAGCGGUAGGUACCCAAUGCACCUAGCCUGCGAAAAAGGAUUCCUGCGUUGUAUCGCGACCCUCGUCCAGCACGGCGCUUCCCUGGAGGUCACGGACGCCCACGGCCAGACGCCGCUGUUUGCGGCAGUCUCAGAGAACCAGGUGACCAUAGCCAAGUUCCUGAUAGAGCAGGGCGCCAAUGUCCUGGCUGUGGACAGCAGUGGCUACACACCUCUACACCGGGCAAGCUACAAGGGCAACCUUGAGCUCAUCGAGUACCUGGUCCACUCUGGCGCUGAGAUCAAUGCCAGGUCCCAGAAAACUCUGCAGACGCCGCUCAUGUUUGCCGUGACCUUUGGGAAACUGGAAGCCAUUAAAAAGCUCAUUGAGCUAGGCGGGGACACCACGCUGCCCGAUGCCAAAGGUCAAACCCCGUUACACCUGGUUCAUCUAAAGAUGACCGGGGAACCUGUGGACAAAAUUGUGAGAGCCCUUCUUGAGGGCGGAGGUCGUCUUGACCAGCGGGACGACGGGAACUUCACCCCCUUGCAGAGGUGCCUGAUAUCUGGGGUCAUCAGGAGGAACCACUCCCUGCCCUGUAUACAGCUGCUGUGUCAGGCUGGUUCCUAUCUGGGGCCAGACCAGUACACUAUGGGAAAGAAGUCCCCUUUGUUUUGGCUGGCCUAUUCUGGUUUCCUGCAAGAGGCCAUGUACCUGGUGAAGGCAGGCUGGGACUUGAGGGAUGAGACCUGGAUCAUUUUACCUGGGAAAGAUCACCUCCAGGACAAACUCCAUGAGUUUAUGAUCAUCACAUAUAGGACAGUGCCCUCCUUGUUGGCCUGUACUAGAAAGGGGUUGCGCGCCCACCUGUUUGAGGUAAACCAACACAGAGAAAUCCUCAGCGUCAUAGAUUGUCUGCCCCUGCCCAGUCCUCUCAAGUCCUACCUCAAGCUACAAGAUGUGGACCCUUAUGACCUGGAGGCUUUAAGCUUUGUUGAGUGAUGUUUUAGCAAUGUCAAUGAGCUUUGUUGAGUGAUGUGAAUCUAUAGCCUUUGUUGAGUGAUGUAUUAGCAAUGUCCUCAAGCUUUGUUGAGUGAUGUAUUAGCGAUAUCUUUAAGCUUUGUUGAGUGAUGUGAACCCACAUGAUCUGGAGGCUUUAAGCUUUGUUGAGUGAUGUAUUAGCAAUAUCAUUGAGCUCUGUUGAGUGAUGUAUUAGCAAUAUCAUUGAGCUCUGUUGAGUGAUGUAUUAGCAAUGUCUUUGAGCUCUGUUGAGUGAUUUAUUAGCAAUGUCUUUGAGCUUUGUUGAGUGAUGUGGACCUAGAGGAUUUGUUGAGUGAUGUAUAAGAAAUGUCUUUAAACUUUGUUGAGUGAUGUGGACCCAUAUGAUCUGGAGGCUUUAAGUUUUGUUGAGUGAUGUAUUAGCAAUGUCUUUGAGCUUUGUUGAGUGAUGUAUUAGCAAUGUCUUUGAGCUUUGUUGAGUGAUGUAUUAGCAAUGUCCUUAAGCUUUGUUGAGUGAUGUAUUAGCAAUGUCCUCAAGCUUUGGUAUGUAAAUUCUUACCGCAAGUCAAAAAGCUUUAGUGAGUUCUGUUGUACUUCAAGGUGUAAUGGCCAGUGCAGAUUUCCAGAUGUUAAGCCAAUAUGUAAUCUGAUAUUUCAUUCUAUAUCAUCGGAAGUGUAUAUUUACUUGUAUAUAGUGUACAUUAGGACCAACUUUACUGACCAGUUGACCUGUGAAUUUUGUACAAAAUGUUGUGGUCCACUAAUUGGCAUUUAUGUAUUUAUUUCUUUAUUCUGUUAACAUUUGUCUUUCUUCAGUAUUACUUUUUUAAAAGUACCUUGAAAAGGUAAACUUUAAUUGUAAACAAUUUGUAAUGAGUUUACUAAGUUCCAUAUUUUCUGUAAAAUUAACUUCUUCAUUCUUAAGUUUAGUUUUUGAAGGUAUCCCCCUCCGACACAAUCAAGGAUACGUGUCAACUGGUUAUGCGCCAUUGAGGCCAUUGACUCCGAUUUCAGCCUGCUUUUCUUUUUGGAUUUGCUUCCAUAGCCUUUGUCCAACCAAGAACAAACUACAAGGCAGCUGUUGUUUGAUUUUGGAGUUGUCUCUCCUAGAAGAGUGGCUGUCCCCAGCUAACGAGCCUCAUCUGCCCGAUGGUUCGAACUCGAGACUUUUCGGUUUAGCAACUAUGAGCUUUACUGACUCGACCAUGCCGACCCCGUAAAAUUAACUAACUUCCCAGUUUUUUGGAGGAGGGGAAUUAUCACACAUA